AAAAAAAAAACCACAGGAGAAAAGAAGUAUCAGCGGUAUAAAAAGAUAAUCGGGUAAGGAAAUAAGUAAGCUGCAAGAAGGGCAGCGGGACCGACGUGCGCAGUGAGAGGUGGCAGCUAGAGGUCGGGGACUCCAGGCUGGGGUCAGAGGUCGCCGGCUAGAGGUCGGGAGCGCCGGGCGUCUGAGAGAGGUCAAGAGCGAGAGGUCUGGGGCGCGGGGCGUGGGUAAGAAGCAGUGGGUGAGAGGGUCCAGAGCGCGCCGCUGUCAAUCAACCCGGAAGAACGAGGAGGGGCCGUAGAGCCUCCGGGGAGGUGCACAUCCGGGUCCCGGCGUUCGCGCAUGCGCACCAGCCCUGAACAUGGCCGCUGCCGCCCGACCGCAGUGAGCCUCGCCCCGCGCAUCGACCUUUCAGUGCUUCGGUUUCCCCACCGCCUAAAGGACGGCGUGAGGGCGCCGGGUUCUGGUGGGGCGGUGAGCGGCGCGUCCGCGGGUGGUUUCACACGCGUAGGGGGCGCGUCGGACCUGUCGGGGCGGGGGUCCUGCCCGGGGCGCGGCGGUCCUCGCGGGUGUGGACGCCCCCGGCGGCGCAGGCGAAGUUGCCCUCAGGCCGGCGUGGACGCUCCUCUGAGCGCGGGGUCUCCCGGAGCUGGUGUGGACGCCCCUGCUCUUCCCUUCGCGUCCCCUCCUGGGGCAUGAGACUGAAAAUGACAGCUCAGAAUAUUCGUGAGGAAGAACUAUCUUGUGCCAUAGAAAUGGAAGGAUUUAUGAAGGAGGUUCCUUGUUUUUCCAUUCUAGGGGAUAGUUGGGACUAUGAGAACCAGGAGGAACAUUUGAGGCAAUCAGCUUUAACUCCAGAGAAACCAAGGGCUCAGGAAGCAAUUAGUGAAUAUCCUGGUUUCGGGGAACAUUUGAGUGCAAGCUCAGACCUUUCAUCAGCUCAGACAGUUCCUAUAACAAAUGGCUUCCAUAUACAUGACUCAGAUGUUAGAAGUCUGGAUUGUGACCCAGCCUUACACAGUUGUCCCAAAAGUUAUGCAGCUAAGAGAACUAGUGACAAUGCCUAUGGAAAAGUCUUCAACUAUUCCAUCGAAGUUACUCAAUUUGGAAGAAAUCAAAUCAGAGGGAAACCUUAUAAAUACCCUGAAAGUGUUAAAUCUUUUAACCAUUUUACCUCUCUUGGUCAUCAAAAAGUAAUGAAGAGAGGCAAGAAACUAUAUGAGGGUAAGGACUUUGGGGACAUCUUUAGCCUGAGCUCAUCUCUUAAUGAAAACAGGAGGAAUCACCCUGGAGAGAAACAGUAUAAAUGUACUGAAUGUGGCAAAUGCUUCAAACGGAACUCUUCUCUUGUUUUGCAUCACCGAACUCACACUGGAGAGAAACCUUAUACCUGUAAUGCAUGUGGAAAAUCCUUCUCCAAGAACUACAACCUGAUUGUGCAUCAAAGGAUCCAUACAGGAGAGAAGCCCUAUAAAUGCAAUAAGUGUGGGAAAGCUUUCAGUGAUGGGUCAGCUGUAACACAACACCAGAGAAUUCACACAGGUGAGAAACCUUAUGAAUGUCUAGAAUGUGGAAAAACCUUCAACCGAAAUUCAUCCCUGAUUUUGCAUCAAAGAACUCAUACAGGGGAAAAACCAUAUAGAUGUAAUGAGUGUGGGAAACCCUUCACUGACAUCUCCCAUCUCACUGUGCACCUCAGAAUCCACACUGGUGAGAAGCCCUAUGAGUGUAGCAAAUGUGGAAAGGCUUUCCGAGAUGGCUCAUACCUUACCCAACAUGAGAGGACUCACACUGGAGAAAAGCCCUUUGAAUGUGUGGAGUGUGGGAAAUCCUUCAACCGAAACUCUCACCUCAUUGUGCAUCAAAAGAUCCAUUCUGGAGAGAAACCUUACGAAUGUAAAGAGUGUGGGAAAACAUUCAUUGAGAGUGCAUACCUCAUCAGGCACCAAAGGAUUCAUACUGGCGAGAAGCCGUAUGGCUGUAAUCAGUGUCAAAAACUUUUUAGGAACAUUGCUGGCCUUAUUCGGCACCAGAGGACUCAUACUGGUGAGAAGCCCUAUGAGUGUAAUCAGUGUGGCAAAGCUUUCAGGGACAGCUCCUGUCUGACCAAGCACCAGAGAAUUCACACCAAGGAGACCCCAUAUCAGUGUCCAGAAUGUGGAAAGUCCUUCAAGCAGAAUUCUCACCUGGCAGUACAUCAGAGACUCCAUAGCAGGGAGGGACCCAGCCAGUGUCCUCAAUGUGGGAAAACAUUCAGAAAGAGCUCUUCUCUCAUCCAACAUCAAAGGACACACCCUGGAGAGCAACCCAUGGAAACAUAGUGAAUGUGGGCCACGGUUUUCUCCCAACUUGCUCUCAGAAUCCUACAUGAAGGUGUGUCUUCAGAUGUGACUUCUCCCUGGUCAGUAGAAAAGAUAUUUUUUAAGAGAUGGGAUGUUGCUAUGUUGCUCAGGCUGGUCUCAAACUCCUGGCUUCAAGUGAUCUUCCUGCCUUGGCCUCCCAAAGUGCUGGGAUUACAGGCAUGAGCCACUGUGCCCAGCAGAUUUCUUUAAGCUAUCCAGUGAACUGAUAAAUGUGAGACAUUCCUUAGCCAGAUUAUUAAAUUAUUCAUUGGAGAAUUCCUGGAGGGAACAUAGGAUGGUAAUAAAUGUGGACAAAGCUUCAGGGAUGGUUCGGCCUAUACCAAACAUGACAGCAUAUACACUGAAAUAGAACAUGAGCAUGUGUGGAAGGUACUUCCAUUGAGAUACCAACCCACUUCUGCAUCAGAAUGCUUAAACUAAAAAGAAUCUGUGAAGGUAUUCGGUAUGAGAAAUCCUUUAAUAGGGAGUUUCCACCUCAUUGUACAUAAACAAACUCUUAAUAGAAUCAGACCUUUAAAAUAUAAUCAGGAAGAGAAGCUUUUUGGUAGGAGCUCUUACUGUCUUUUCUGUAUCAGCAAACAGGUACUGGUGAGAGAUCCUAUACAACACUCCACUCACAGCACUACAGCAUUAUAGUUAGAUUUUGCUAUUUGAAAGCAUUUCUGUGUUUGAGUCCUGACAGAAUGCUGAGGACUUGUUUCGGAAGGGGAAACUCAAUGGAGAAAUUGCUUGUGACUGAACAGCAAAGUUGUCCCUCUUAAAGCUAAAAAAGAAGCUCAUGCUAAGAUGGAAAGGGAAUAAACACAAUUUGUUGCUUUAGUUGUUGAAACAAAAAAUACUGAGUUGUUAAUGUUUACGUUACCUUCCACCCUUGGCACCAGUUAUUCAUUUAGGACACUUCUAAUUUGUCCCAUUCAACUUCUCUGAACCAUAAUUAUAAAGGUCUUAUUGCCAUGUUGAAAAUGUUUAUAAUAUGGUAAACAGAAGGUUUGCUAUCUUUACAGCUAUGUAAACAUAUGUGCACAUAUGAACGUAGAUUGGAAGUGGAUGAUGGAAAAUAAAUAAACGUGGUUUCCUUAUGGAACUGGAAUUGUGUAUGUUUUUUUCCCCUGUAUUGUAAAUUAUACAUUUUGGUAUAAUAAUUUGAUAAUGACUAAAUAAAGUGAAGCCAAAAAGUGAACUGGGGGUUUCUCUGGAACUUCUUUGCUAAUAGAGGCUAGAUCAGGGAUCCAGGGCACCUGGAAGCAUGGUGGGGUCACCUAGGCAGAAGCUUCUGUGGAAGCAGAGCAUCUCAGCCCAGGGCAUAAGAAUCAUUUUCUUCUAUGGAACUUGGAUUAUGAGGGGUGCCAUUGUGGAGGACAGAGUGGGUCUCAGAAUGGGGAGCAGGAAGCUGCAGUGAAAUCUGAGCUCUUUCUGAAUGUUUUCCCUGGGAUGACCCUGGAAUGUCCCUUCCAAGGUGGUGCAUUGCUAGCCAAGUGAAGUAGUUAAGCUGGUCAACACAGCAUCAAAGCUCUGAGAGGGGAUCCCCUUGGAAUUUUGACUUGCCCAUAUCUUGUAUUCCCUGGCUUCUAUGGGCAAGUCAGAGUGAAAGCCACUUUGAGCUAAUGAAGGCUGUGAGUUGCACGAGUUAGAAACCCAGCCAGGCAUCUGUGGCUUCUCCAUUUGGGUGCCCUUCCCUGACAGGAAGAACCUCAGAUAAACCUCACAGAGGAAGUGGAUCCCCACCUGUCUCCAAUGCAGCCCAUCCUGUGGUCCAUGGAGGUGUGGGCAGGCUUUUUGUGAAGACUGGCUAGUUCAUGUGUAUGGGUGUCCUUUUCUUUCUGUGAAGCGAGUCCUUUCAUCAGAUUCUGAAAAGAGUGGGUAAGAAAUCCUGAUCCUGAAGUUUGUUGGAGUUGAGUUCUGAACUGCUGUCUUAAGAUGAGCUUUUUUAGGAGCACAUAUCAUGCCUCAGUGUGUGGCAUGUGGCCUCUUCCCAGGCAGCAUCAGCUGAAGAGAAAUGUGGAACAAGUUUGCUUGCCCCAUCAAAUCCAUUUC